GUCGGAGCUAGAACACCAAUUACAAACCACAGGCUUCCUCCUCUAGGGAGUUAAUCCAGAAUUGUCUUUCUGGAAGGGAAGCACUCGAAUCUUUCCGAACUUUCCAAGCCCAUCCAUGAUUCAGAGAUACUGCUUUCUCCCUCUGGGAUUUUCUGUGUUCCUGGUAGUGAAUUGUUGCUGAUGUAUUUGCUCCUUUGCUCCUUUUCUCUCUCAAGAUUUGAUCAUUUUAUAUGCUGUUCGGGGAGAAAAAGAACUUUUGUUAGAAAGGAGAUUUCAGAAAUGAUUUUGGAUCCUCUAUAAGUGCUUUUUAGAGUUCUUGGGAACAGUAGCUCUAAGCCUGGAGUCAAUGUUUGCCUUUGACCUGCAUGGAUUAUUUUUUCAGGCUGCGGAAUUUCUCGGCACCUACCUGCAGUGUGGGGCCCCUGGUCUGGUUGCAGAGUAAGAAGGUGGAAGAAUGAGCUGUACUUGGUUAAGCAGUUGAAACCUUUUUUGAGCAGGACCUAUAAAACCAUAAUUGAAUUUGUUUCACCCCCGUGGAUUCCGGUGGGCCCGACAGCGCAACAGGUUUGCAGAUUUCUUUUGAAAUUCUUAUUUUUCUCCCUCUGCCUCAGCAAAAGAGAAGUAUCUAUAUAACAGGUUCAUGUUCAGUUGCUUGGCUUUUCAGCACUUAUUCCGAAGACUUUAUAAGAUUUUUUUUAAUUUGACCUCUGAACACGGCGGGCUUUGUGGUUGAAGUGCAUUUAUAUUUACUUAAGGGUGCACAUUUUAAUAUCUUAGAACUAAGAUUUUGUUUGUAUAAAGACCCAAAUUCUCAGCUGUGCCUAGAAAUAGCAGAGAUCUACUCUAUUCAGGCUUAUUUUUACUUUUUCAGGAUGUUCUGCUUAGAGCCUGUAGACUAAUCACCUCCCUACUCCCCCUAUCUUAUAUUCCCCACCCCCUCAAGGAAUUUGAAAACGUGUUAGGAAUAGUCCUUUGUUUUACUUAAGAACGUAGAAAAUUACAGAUUAUAAGAUCUGGAUAAUAAAGUAGUUUCCAAAAACAUCUCAUGGGAAAUCCAAGCGCUUGGCAUUCUCAAGCAGGAGCAUAAAAGCUGGAAUCCCUAAGACAGAACGGAAAAUAAAGAUAGAAAUAUCGUUUAACCGGGAAAAAUAAUUGGAAAGCUAACCUUUUCAAAUACUCUUCUAAUUCUGAAAAUUGGAAAAGGCGGUGAUACUCAGGAUUAUCCUGUAAUCUGUGAAGACAUAAAUUAGCAUCUAAUUUAUGGGCAAACUUAGGUAGAACAUUAAAAAUGAUAGUAUAUUUGACUUCAUGAAAAGCAUAUUAUAAAUACAAUGGGCCUAGAACUUUGGCUACACUAAAAUACAGUUUAAUGUGGAAACUUUUAUGAAUACAUGUUAUAGCAUCUUUGGACAUCUCUCAAGGUGUGGCCUGAGGUAUCGUACCCUUUCCUUCUCUAUUAAAAAAAAAAAAACACACAUUUUUCCCCCUGUGAUCUUUAGUCUUUUGCCAUUUACAAACUUUGUGGCUUAAAACGGACCAACUCUUCAUUUUCCGAGCUGGCGUUUUUCACUCUCACCUUCGACGCAUGGCCUUCGUUACUUACUUUGCCUUGUUUUGUUCAUUAACAUCGGGUUUAGUGGCUCAGCAACUUGACGCAUAUGGAAGACCAGCACCAAGUGAACUGACAUAAUAAAGAUUCAGGAUGUGACAUUCCACCUCAAGCAAAGUUGGAAAUUCCAAAGAGAAGUGGUGAGAUCUUUCCUAAUCACAGUGAAGAUGGGAGAAAAUGACAGACCUGCAGCAGAAGUGGGCUGAAAACACCGUCUGCCCUGCCAGAGCAGGAGUGCCACCUGUUCUUGGGAAUAUACUCAUUUAAAGAAAGGAAGGGCCAACACUACGACUUGGCUUUCAGAAACUGAAGCAUCAGUUCUCUUUCCCUCCAUUUGUCUGGCUCUGAGAAGCUGCAUCUGGAGCUGGCUGGUGGAAGCAGUAUGCAUGGCUGGAGCGCGUUGCUGCGGCUGGUAGCAUGAGUGGUGGCCACCAGCUGCAGCCGGCUGCCCUCUGGCCCUGGCUGCUGAUGGCCACCCUGCAGGCAGGCUUCGGACGCACAGGACUGGUCCCGGCAGCAGCGGUGGAGUCGGAAAGAUCCGCGGAGCAGAAAGCUAUUAUCAAAGUGAUCCCCUUGAAAAUGGACCCCACAGGAAAACUGAAUCUCACUUUGGAAGGUGUUUUUGCUGGUGUUGCUGAAAUAACUCCAGCAGAAGGAAAAUUAAUGCAGUCCCACCCCCUGUACCUGUGCAAUGCCAGUGACGACGACAAUCUGGAGCCCGGAUUCAUCAGCAUCGUCAAGCUGGAGAGUCCCCAGCGGGCCCCCCGCCCCUGCCUGUCCCUGGCCAGCAAGGCCCGGAUGGCAGGGGAGCGAGGCGCUAGUGCCGUCCUUUUUGACAUCACGGAGGAUCGAGCAGCUGCUGAGCAGCUGCAGCAGCCCCUGGGGCUGACUUGGCCGGUGGUGUUGAUCUGGGGUAAGGACGCUGAGAAGCUGAUGGAGUUUGUGUACAAGAACCGAAAGGCCCACGUUAGGAUUGAGCUGAAGGAGCCCCCAACCUGGCCAGAUUAUGACGUGUGGAUCCUCCUGACAGUGGUGGGCACCAUCUUCGUGGUCAUCCUGGCUUCAGUGCUGCGCGUCCGGUGCCGCCCCCGCCACAGCAGGCCGGAUCCCCUUCAACAGCGAACAGCCUGGGCCAUCAGCCAGCUGGCCACCAGGAGGUACCGGGCCAGCUGCAGGAGGGCGCGGGCUGAGUGGCCGGACUCCAGUAGCAGCUGUGGCUCUGCGCCCGUGUGUGCCAUCUGCCUGGAGGAGUUCUCUGAGGGCCAGGAGCUACGGGUCAUUUCCUGCCUCCAUGAGUUCCAUCGUGUGUGUGUGGACCCCUGGCUGCAUCAGCAUCGGACUUGCCCUCUCUGCAUGUUCAACAUCGUAGAGGGAGAUUCGUUUUCUCAGUCCCUGGGACCCUCUCGGUCUUACCAGGAACCAGGCCGGAGACUCCACCUCAUUCGCCAGCAUCCUGGCCAUGCCCACUACCACCUACCUGCUGCCUACCUGUUGGGCCCUUCCCGGAGCGCAGUGGCUCGGCCCCCACGACCUGACCCCUUCCUAACAUCCCAGGAGCCAGGCACGGCCCCCCGGCACCACCGCCUCCCCAGAGCUGCACAUCCCAGGCCGCAGGGCGAGCAGCAGCGCUUGGCAGGGGCCCAGCACCCCUAUGUGCAGGGCUGGGGACUGAGCCACCUCCGGUGCACCUCGCAGCACCCUUCUGCUUGCCCAGCACCCCCACGCCGGGCCAGGCCUCACGACAGCAGCGGUUCUGGAGAAAGCUACCGCACAGAACGCAGCGGCUACAUGGCCGAUGGGCCCGCCAGUGACUCCAGUUCGGGGCCCUGUCAUGGCUCCUCGAGUGACUCGGUGGUCAACUGCACGGACAUCAGUCUGCAGGGCAUCCACGGCAGCAGCUCUACCUUCCGCAGCUCCCUGAGCAGUGACUUUGACCCCUUGGUAUACUGCAGCCCGGAAGGGGAGCCCCGGGGGGAGGAGACUCAGCCUAGUGUGACCUCUCGGCCCCGUUCUUUGGACUCAGUGGUGCCCACAGGGGAAACCCAGGUUUCCAGCCACGUCCACUACCACCGCCACCGGCACCACUACAAAAAACGCUUCCAGUGGCAUGGCCGGAAGCCUGGCCCAGAAACUGGGGCCCCCCAGGCCAGGCUUGCCAUUCCUCAGACACAGCCCCAGCCAGAGCCGCCUUCCCCUGAUCAGCAAGGUGCCAGAUCCAACCCAACGGCGCCUUCAGGGCAGCUCCCCAACCCACAAUGGUCCAGGGCCCUCAUGGAGGCAGCCCCAGGCCCAGCUGAUGCUGCCAGCCCCAGUCCCAGCAGCCUCUUCCAUUUGCAGAAAUCCAGCCUCCCUGUUCGACACCCACAGAGGAAAAGGCGGGGGGGCCUCUCAGAGCCCACCCCAGCUUCUCGGCCCCAGGACGUGACUGCACACCCAGCUUGCCAGAUUUUUCCCCAUUACAGUACCAGCUUGGCAUACCCUUGGUCCCCGGAGGCCCACCCGUUGAUCUUUGGACCUCCAGGCCUGGACAGGAGGCUGCUACCAGAAAGCCCAGGCUCUUGUUACUCAGGUUCACAGCCGGUGUGGUUGUGUCUGACUCCACGCCAGUCCCUAGGACCACACCCACCUGGAGAGGGGCCUUCCGAAUGGAGUUCUGGCACCCCAGAGGGCAGGCCGUGCCCUUACCCACACUGCCAGGUGCCGCCAGCCCAGCCUGGCUCAGAGGAGGAGAUGGAGGCGCUGUGUGAUCAGGCCGUGUGAGAUGCUCAGACCUAGCUCCAACCAAGAGUGUGCGCCGGAUGACUCGGGCCGUGCCUGGCACAGAGUCCUGCUCCUGAGAGAAGAAAGGACCUCAGAAAACAGCCCUGUUUUUUGCCAUACUGCCUGGGAGCUCCGGAAGAGGAGUGGUGAUGGUGGGUGGCAGGUGUUCCCUGCUCCCAGCUCUGGACCUUGUGUGCAGAACGCAUCUGCAGUGCAGCAAGUCGGUGUCCGGCCAGGCAACCAGCUACUACCUGUGUGGGCUGGCUCCCCUAAAGGCUGUUUUUUGAGAACAGGAAGCUAGAUAUGGGUAGCUAGGUGUUAUAAAGGUGCUGCUCCUUUACCCGGGCCCAGCAGGUCUUCCUCAUCCCAAGUCUCAUGGCAUACCUGCCAAUGGGGUCCUUCUUACCUCCUUUCUUGGGUGAGUCCUACACACCAGCUUUGACUCUUCGGUAAAGCUGCUGCAUCAGCAGCAACCCUGGCUUUUAUCAUUUUCCUUCUUUGCAAAAGGAUCAGGAUCAUAGGUGAGCACUGAGCCCUAAAAAGGGAGGCCCUGCAGCUUCUCCAAGCAGUACCUGCCCUGGUGCAUAAGGGAGAAUGUUUUUCCCUUCUUGUCCUUAAUGGUCAGAUCCACUAUAUGAAGUCAGAGGGGAGGCUCUGGGAAGCCAGGGUGUGGAGUUCUGUCCCUAAAGUGGUACAGCACCCUGAAGAACCUGGGAUGAAGCCUCUGACUUUCAAAGUCCCUUGUCACUCCAGCAGCCCCAGUUCCUCUUGGGGUUGGGAGUGGGGGUAGUGGGGAGGGAAUAAUUCUUUCCUGGAGAUUGCCUAUCUCAAAGUCCCAAAGGAGGUGGAAAGAAAGGAUUUCUGCUGGACUUCAUCUAGAAGAGGGAGAAUGGAAUGAAGGUAGAAAAGACAGAAUUACAGCUGAACAAGGACAACAACAAAUUCUUCUCUGGAAGUUUUCUCUCAGAGCAGGGAUGAGGAACAGGGGAAAACAAAGGCAAAGCAAAGUGGGACAUUUGGGUUUAGAUGGUUCCAAGGCCCAGCUUCCCGUGAUAAGCCAUACAGGCCAGGGACACCCAGGAAGGUAUGCAUGCAAGAGGCUGUGCGUGCAGGACAUCUGGCCCGGGUAGCUGGUACCGAGUGGGCAAGGGCUGAGGGGCAUCCUGAGGGUGACAUUCACCUCAGGGCAGCUGGACCAUUGCCGGCUCCUCAGGCAUUAUCCCAUUUGGAAUGUGAAUGUGGGAGCUAAGUGGGCACAGGACCCUACCUGGGAAUCUUCUUCCCUCAGAGUCAGUGGGGAACUAGCACCUAGGUACCCACAUGGGUAUUUAUAUUCUGAACCAGACAGAAAGACGCUUGAAUCAGGCACUAUGUUGAGAAAUGUAUUUAUUUGCUAAUAUAUUUAUCCAUAAAUGCGGUCUGGUCUCGUGGUUUUGUUCUGUCAUGACUGUC